GCAGGCUGCCGUAGCCACCGAGGCGCAAGAAUGGCGGCUUGGAUGUUGUACCGCUGUGUAUUUGGGCCUCGUCUUCAACGUAUUCACCGGUCUCCGGAACCGUCUCGACCUGAGGGCAGACUGGCCAGAAGGGGGUGGAACUACCAACCCAGGGGUCUGGAAAAACACUCUGACAGUAUCCUUGGCUGGGCCUCAGCACUAUGGUCCCUGUCCUACUACAGCUCUCCUCUCCUCCUCUGUUAUCUGUACAAAAAAGGCUACAUCUGCAGCAGUAAGUUGGUUCCGGUGAGUCAGUACGUGGGAACCGUGCUCGUAUGUCUUCUGGGCGUUGCAUGUCUUCGAGGAUGGGGACGAUGGAAAAACUCUGAUUAUGUUCAGUUUAUCUCAGUUCUGGAAGAAACUAAGAAGAAUCACACACAAGCAAACAAGAAAAAGCUGAGGUGUUAUGACUUUGACUUCUCACACUGGCCUUCAGAUUUCAGCUGGACAGAAGUCAGCAGUCCGAAACAGUCCAAAGGUGGUGUUUCUCUGCUGAAGCCAGAGCCCAGACUGAGGGGGACAGCAGACAGUUUAAUCAACUCUGUACGCACUUUACCAUGCCAUGUCAUUGGUUUUCUUAUUGCUCACACAUUCGGGAGGCGGAUGUUAUACCCCGGCUCUGUGGGUUUACUGCAGAAAGCAAUGAGGCCCAUGUUGCAGCAAGGCCAGGCUAAAUUAAUAGAGGAGUAUGAUGGUCAAAGGAACAAGCUGGUGGCCUGUGAUGGGAACGAGAUUGACACCAUGUUUGUGGAUCGAAGGAAAGAUGGUGGCAGGACUGGCCAGACGCUGGUCAUCUGCUGUGAGGGGAAUGCCGGCUUUUAUGAGGUGGGCUGCAUGAACACACCUCUGGAGGGUGGUUACUCUGUUCUGGGCUGGAACCACCCUGGAUUUGGAGGCAGCACGGGAGUCCCUUUUCCCCAGAAUGAGGCCAACGCCAUGGAUGUGGUCAUACAGUUUGCAGUGCAUAAGCUCGGUUUUCAACUGAGUGAUAUUGUGAUUUAUGCUUGGUCCAUAGGAGGAUUUACAGCCAGCUGGGCUGUAAUGUCAUACCCAGAGCUCCAGUCAGUUGUGCUGGAUGCCUCUUUUGAUGAUCUUCUACCCCUAGCACUUAAAGUGAUGCCUGAGAGCUGGAGACCUUUGGUGCAGCACACAGUGAGGCAAUACAUGAACCUCAACAAUGCAGAGCAGCUUCUCAAGUAUCAGGGACCAGUCCUGCUGGUCAGGAGGACUAGAGACGAAAUCAUCACCACCACGGGUCCAGAGGACAUCAUGUCCAACAGAGGGAAUGACCUUUUGCUCAGACUGCUUCAGUUCAGAUACCCCAAGAUAAUGACAGAUGAAGGAGUCAGAGUUGUCAGACAGUGGCUUGGAGCGUCCACUCCCUUCGAAGAAGCAUCUGUGUAUAGCGCCUACGAAGUGGACGACGACUGGUGCGUAUCUGUGCUGCAGUCCUACCAGACGGACAGAGACGUCCCGUUUCCAUGGAGUGUUGGUGAAGACAUGGCACCAGAGGGAAGGCGUCAGCUCGCUCUUUUCUUGGCUCGGAAGUACAUGCGAAACUUUGAAUCAACACAUUGCACCCCUCUUCCUGCCGCCGAGUUCCACUCGCCCUGGAGACUUUGAGAAGGGGAAAAAAAAAAAAGGAUGGAUGGAUGAUGUGAAGAAGGAAAGCAAGAGGUCGAUUGCCUGUGGUGAACUGUGUUCCUGCUGUUUUUUUUUUUUUAAUGGUUCCAGAUCCUUUCCACACACAAACCGAGAUGAGAUUAUUGCACAUUUAUUUCUUUUAUGGUGUUUAGUCAUUCUGUUGAGGAUGCAUUUAAAUAAAUGCACAAGCCAUUACUCACUCCUUCCAUUGUUCCCUCUUUGGCUGGGUUUGUAAAGCGAAUGUAAGAGACAUGUAAUGCUCCGAUUCAGUGAAUAAAAACUAAUCUUAACGUCGUUUAUAGAGGAUUUCCAUCUGGGAAAGGCAGCCAAAGUGUUUAAGCUUUUCAGGGUUUUUUUUUUUUUUUCUUUUGUGGAAACUGUCUGUAUGAAUUAAGAUGAAGCCUAAAAUGAUGCUCUUAAAUAUGCUAAAUAAAAUUUGGAGAUGGA